UAACGCCAUAUAUAACAUUAACAUAUGUUGUUUCGUUCACAUUGGUUUGAUUUUGCUAAUAAAUAUAAACGAAAAAUGAGUGGGCCUCCAGUGAAGAAACGAAAAUUCGGACAAAGAAAGCAAAACAAAUUGUUUAGUGCAACUCGUGGCAAAUUCCUAGAAGCAGGACAGCGUGGUUUCUUGGCUACAUGCAACUUCCGCGAAAAAGAUUGCAUUCGAGAGGCUUUUAAUGUCCUAAACCACUAUGCAGAUGAACUAUAUGGCUCAGACGAAAAUGAAGCAACUAAGCCGGUAGUGGACAAGGAAGUGGAAUCAGACGACAUAUUAGAUGACUUACAAAAAGAAAUUGAUGCCUUGAAAGCAAAACUCCAAAGUCGGAAGGGUCCUUCUAAGCAGCGCUUUUUCGCAGUGGACACUGGAGCAACAAAUUGUGUAUUCAUUCGUACUACACUGCUAAACCCAGUCGAAUUAGGUACUGCAAUUGUCAAAGAUGUGGCAAUCACACGCGAGCAAAAAUCACGCUUUUUAUUACGCCUAGUGCCAGUGGAAGUGGUGUGUCAUGCUAAUUUGAAAGAUAUUACCGACGCAGGUAGUCUACUUUUUGAUAAGUAUUUUCUCAAAAAAGGGACUACCUUUGCAAUUGUAUUCAAUAAGCGUUACAACAAUGCUGUACAUCGCGAUGAUGUUAUUCAUGAACUAGCGGCGUUGGUGCAAUUAAAAAAUAUGGAUAAUCGGGUGGAUUUAAAACACGCUGAAAAAACUAUAGUAGUUGAGGUUAUUAAAGGAUUAUGCUGUAUUUCCGUGGUAGAUGGAUAUUUGAAAUAUAAAAAAUAUAAUCUGAUUGAGUUAGCAAAUGCCAAAGAAACUAAUGAAACGGAUACGAAGGCCGGAGAAGAAAAGAAAGAAGAGAUAGUUUCAAUUGAACUUUCUAAGGACUCUCACGUAGCUGAGGACAACAAAAAAGAUGAGUUAGCAAAUGCCAAAGAAACUAAUGAAACGGAUACGAAGGCCGGAGAAGAAAAGAAAGAAGAGAUAGUUUCAAUUGAACUUUCUAAGGACUCUCUCGUAGCUGAGGACAAUAAAAAGGAUGAGCCCGAUAUUUUGGACGUCAAAUCUCAGACAGACGAAAAUCACUCAGUUUAAAUGCAUAGCUUUUUUAAUACAUACCUUUGAAACGUAGCUAAUAUAAUAAAAUAUUUUCAAAAAAA